GGUCAGGCCUGUUUCUAGGCAGCCAUUUUGAGAACAGUUCUGCCUCACAGAACUCAAAGUUUUGCUACUCACAACUAACCAGUGUGAAGCUUGCCCUUAGCAACAACAAGCCCGUAGUAUGAAAAACUGGAGUAAGAUAUUCAAAAGAGGAGACCCUGAGAAUGUGGAUAGGGACUCCUCUUCGAAGACAAACUCUGUCAACAGUGCUCAAGGGGAGUUGGAGGGUACUCUAAAGGACAGGCUGAGGACUCUUGUCCCCCCAUCGUGGGGCAGUAUUCUCCGGAAAUGGAGGAAAGGUGGAGCAGACUCGAACCUGGGCUCCACGGGGGUCACGAUUGUCCCCAACGGGACCAGGGUGAGUCCACCCGUCAGCCCCAUAUGGGACAGGAGGCACUGGGACACUCAGGACUCCCUGGAGACCUCCAGCAAGGGUUCUCACAAGCCCGUGUUGAGAGACAGCCCCGUGGACAACGACCUGCUCCUUUACCUCCCAGAGGAAUCCGAGCUGACCAGCAUCCACCCGGCGGAGUACUAUGCAGAGAAGCUCGAGGUCUACAAGCUGAAGUACUCCUACCUGAAAUCCUGGCCGGGGUUACUCAGGCUCCUGGCUGGACUCGAGCUCCUCUUCGGUGGUUUGGUCCUUGCCUGUGUCUGUGCCUACAUCUACAAGGACAGCGAGUGGUCGAACGCCUUCGGGCUGUACGGCGGUGGACUGAGCACACCGGGUUACACCUACAAGGGACCCAUGACUCUGUUCGUUUUGGCGGUGGUGGGUCUGGCGUGGAUCGUGACCGUCAUCCUGCUGGUGAUGGGGCUGACGAUGUACUACCGCACCAUCCUGCUGGAUUCCCCCUGGUGGCCCCUCACCGAGGGCAUCGUCAACGUGGCCCUGUUCCUCCUCUACAUGGCGUCCGGCAUCGUGUACCUGAACGACCUCAACCGCGGGGGACUGUGUUACAUGACCAUCGGCAUUAACCCCAUGAUGUCCAGCCUGUGUCGGGUGGCCGGGGGUCAGAUGGCCGCCGCGGCCUUCCUCUUCAUCAACAUGCUGAUCUACCUCAUCGGCUUCGUGGUGUGCUUGAAGAUGUGGAGGCACGAGGCGGCCCGCCUGGAGAGGGAGGCCUUCCCGAACCAGGAGCAUCUGAGACCCAUCCCUUUGGCCCAGAGAAAACCUCUCAACCCACAGACAAAGAGAAUUGUGUUUGAGGAUGAGAUGGACAGCUCACUGAGGGCAGCCAAACCCAUCCACAUCACAGCGUUUCCUCAAGAGGAGCCAGGCACUCGGAACAGAGCCAUACCCACAGGGUACGCCCAGAGGCCCAGAGUCAUCGCAGAUUAUGUCAUGAAAUACCCAGAAAUCACCUCUUUCGAGGACAGGGAGAAAUACAAAGCUGUCUUUAAUGACCAGUAUCAGGAGUACAAGGACCUUCACAGAGACAUUGGUGCCACACUCAUGAAGUUCAGCAAGCUGGACGCCAUGAUGGGUAAACUCGUCAAAGAUGGUGGCAGUCUUGAGGAGCAGAAGAGAAUCCAGCAAAUUUUAAAGAAGUAUGAGCAGAAGAAGAAUGACACCGGCUUCCUGGAGAAGAAGGAACGAUGUGACUAUCUGAAAGCAAAAUUAAGCCAUAUCAAGAACAGGAUCCGGGAUUUCGACCUGGAGAGCUUGGCAAAGAGUCGGAAGUGAAGGAAUAGUGCUUAAAGGGAAAAGGGGGCCAUUCGUAUUCUGUUCCUGCCACAUCUUUGAUUGUCUUUCUCUGGGAGAUUGUUAUGCCAGCACUUACUGUGUCUUGGGUGUGUUGAUGAUUUAGAUUUUUGUAUAAAGUCUGUAUAAAUCAGUAAUUGUGUAUUCCCCUUACUUCCCUGCAAAGAACAUGUCGUUGCUCAUUGUUAGGAUGUCCCUGGAAGGUCAGAAGGUUGUGUUAUAAUCCUCUGGAUGUAUAUUGGAGGUCCUAUGUUUGCAGGGCUGCUACACUGUAGGCUACAAUAUUGUUGUAAAAGAUUGUGCAGUUGUAAUGAAUCCUUGGGACACACAUUUUGAUAAGAUGUAAAUGUUUGUUAGUUUUUUUGCUAGUUCUUCACAGUAGAAUACUUGGCCUCAAAAUACUGCAGGUGAGUUUUGCUCAUGGAUUGAAUGCACCCAUAAACCAACACAGAUUGCAAUUGUGUUAUACCUUUGGACUUCCACAUUGCAUUGGGUAAAACUGUAUUUACAAGAAUAUACACUAUCAAUUUGUUGGAGAGCUUUUAUUAAAUUUUUGUAUUUUCCUAGUGUGAAGAAACAGGUAUAAUAUUAUUUUUAUAUUAAAAGUCAAAUGUUACU